UGAAAUUUCCUACGAGUAAGAUGGAAUCGAACAAUGUCUUCGAUCCAACCGUUAGAAUUAAAGAGGAAAUAACGGAUGAGUCGCUCAUGGAGUAUGAUGAUUACAACAUAACGAACGAGACAUCCGAAAGCAAAAAUUUCCAAUACUCGAGUGUUCCGCGGGAAAAUUCUAUCAAUGAGAUUCAAAAGUUUGAACAAAACCAUGAUUGCGAACUUGACGACGACCUGCACGAAGAAUUUGAAUGUCAGGACGUGAAGAUAGACGUAAAUUCAUCAGUGAUCAGGAAAAUUGACGAUAAUUCUCAACAAUACUCGCCAGACACGAUUAAAAUAGAAACUGCAGGAGUCGUGAAAGAAGAAUUAGUUAAUGACGAUUCGGAAGAUUUCAAUGCAAGUGUCGAGGGCGAGCUCGGACAGAGACAUAAAAAUACCAAAGAGUUCAAUCAUGGAAAGCGCGAAAAGACAUUUAUGCGAAAGAGACCUCUCGAAGUCCACACAAAUAGUGUUCAUGAUGAUAUCACUCACCCAUGUCAUAUUUGUGGAAAGACUUUCAAGCGAAAGAUACAUCUCAAAGUCCACGUCAAUUCAGUACAUAAUAAAUUGAAACCUUACAAAUGUGAUAAAUGUCAAGUGUCAUUCGCCUACAAAAAUGUUCUCAAAAAUCACAUUACUGCUGUGCACAGUAAAAUAACUUAUCCAUGUCAUGUUUGUGGAAAGUCAUUCGGACAAAAAAGUUAUCUCAAAAUGCACAUGAAUAGAGCCCACAAUAAUUUUAAGCGUUACCAGUGUGACGAUUGUCAAAAGUUAUUCACUACAAAAGCACAUCUAAAAAUUCACGUCGAUUCGGUGCACAGUGGAAUCACCCAUGGAUGUGAUACUUGUGGAAAAUCAUUCGGACUAAAGAGUCAUUUAAAGGUCCACAUCGAGUCGGUGCAUCGUAAAAUAAGGCAGACGUGCGAUAAAUGCCAAAAGACAUUCUCAAACAAGAGUAAUCUCAAAAAGCACAUCGAUUCGGUGCAUAAUGGUGUUUCACAUACAUUCGCUACGAAAGGUAAUCUUAAAAACCACACCGAAUCGGUGCAUAAUGGUAUUUCACAUGCAUGUGAAAUAUGCGGAAAUGUAUUCAACCGAAGAGGUGAUCUCAAUAGGCAUAUCGAUUCGUUGCACAAUCGUGUUUCACAUGGAUGUGAUGUUUGUGGAAAGACAUUCACUCAAAAAGGUCAUCUCCAAAUCCAUAUCGAUUCGGUGCAUAAUAAAAUUACUCAUACAUGUGAUAUAUGCCAAAAGAAAUUCUCAGACAAGAGUUAUCUCAAAAAACACAUCGAUUCGGUGCAUUAUAAAAUUAUGCAUCCAUGCGAUGAAUGCCCAGAGACAUUCUCAACCAAGGGUAAUCUCAGAAAUCAUAUCGGUUCGGUGCAUAAUCGUGUUUCACAUGGAUGUGAUGUUUGCGGAAAGACAUUCUCUCAAAAAGGUCAUCUCAAAAUCCACAUCGAUGCGAUGCAUAAUUGUGUCAGACAUGCAUGCGAUAUAUGCGGUAAUGUUUAUAAACGAAGUGGCGAUCUCAAAACUCACGUCCAUGCGGUGCAUCGUAAAAUAAGGUAUCGAUGUGAUGAAUGUGGAAAAUCAUUCAGAUGUAAGACUCAUCUCCAAAGACACAUCGAUUCGUUACAUCGUAAAAUCACGCAUUCAUGCGAUAUAUGCCAAAAGACAUUCUCAGACAAGAGUUAUCUCAAAAAACACACCGAUACGGUGCAUAAUGGUGUCAGACAUGCAUGCGAUGUUUGCCAAAAGACAUUCUCAACCAAGGGUAAUCUCAGAAAUCAUAUCGGUUCGGUGCAUAAUGGUGUCAGACAUGCAUGCGAUAUAUGCGGUAAUGUUUAUAAACGAAGUGGCGAUCUCAAAACUCACGUCCAAGCGGUGCAUCGUAAAAUAAGGUAUCGAUGUGAUGAAUGUGGAAAAUCAUUCAGAGGUAAGACUCAUCUCCAAAGACACAUCGAUUCGUUACAUCGUAAAAUCACGCAUUCAUGCGAUAUAUGCCAAAAGACAUUCUCAGACAAGAGUUAUCUCAAAAAACACACCGAUACGGUGCAUAAUGGUGUCAGACAUGCAUGCGAUGUUUGCCAAAAGUUAUUCGCAGACAAGAGUUAUCUCAAAAGACAUAUCGAUUCGGUGCAUCGUAAAAUCACGUUCACAUGUGAUAUUUGCGGAAAGAAGUUGAGCAAGAAGAGUAGUCUAAAAAAGCACAUAGAUAGUAAGCACAAUGAUGACACCCGCUCACAUACAACUCAAUAA